GGCGGCGGCGGCGGGGGCGGCGAUGUUCCACUGCAUUCCCCUGUGGCGGUGCAACCGUCAUGUGGAGGCCAUCGACAAGCGCCACUGCUCGCUGGUCUACGUCCCCGAGGAGAUUUACCGCUAUGCCCGCAGCCUGGAGGAGCUGCUGCUGGACGCCAACCAGCUCCGGGAGCUCCCCGAGCAAUUUUUCCAGCUAGUCAAAUUACGAAAGCUUGGACUCAGUGACAAUGAAAUUCAGCGGCUCCCCCCGGAAAUAGCAAACUUCAUGCAGCUAGUAGAGCUGGAUGUGUCUCGGAAUGAUAUCCCUGAAAUUCCAGAAAGCAUCUCCUUCUGUAAAGCGCUGCAGGUAGCUGACUUCAGUGGAAACCCCCUCACCAGGUUGCCGGAGAGCUUUCCUGAACUACAGAACUUAACAUGUCUUUCUGUAAAUGACAUCUCACUGCAGUCUCUGCCAGAAAAUAUUGGGAAUCUUUAUAACCUGGCUUCACUGGAACUGAGAGAGAAUCUUCUUACGUACCUUCCUGACUCUCUCACCCAACUGAGGAGGCUCGAAGAACUCGAUUUAGGGAACAAUGAAAUCUAUCAUUUGCCAGAAUCAAUUGGGGCGCUCCUACAUCUGAAGGAUCUCUGGUUGGAUGGAAAUCAACUCUCUGAAUUACCUCAGGAAAUAGGCAAUCUGAAGAGCCUGCUCUGCUUAGAUGUCUCUGAAAACAGGUUGGAAAGACUUCCUGAUGAAAUCAGUGGCCUGACUUCUUUAACAGACUUAGUCAUUUCCCAGAACUUACUGGAAACAAUUCCUGAUGGCAUUGGAAAACUAAAGAAACUGUCAAUCUUGAAGCUGGAUCAGAACAGACUCACACAGUUGCCUGAAGCAGUUGGGGAUUGUGAAAAUCUCACGGAAUUAGUUCUUACAGAAAACUGUCUCCUGACUUUACCUAAGAGCAUUGGAAAACUUAAGAAGUUGAACAACUUGAAUGCAGACAGAAAUAAACUGGUGUCUUUACCAAAAGAGAUUGGCGGAUGCUGCAACCUCACCGUGUUCUGCGUCCGGGACAACAGACUGACUCGAAUACCUGCGGAGGUGUCGCAGGCCAUGGAACUCCAUGUCCUAGAUGUGGCAGGGAACAGGUUGCGUCAUCUGCCCUUAUCUCUGACGACUCUGAAGUUAAAGGCCCUGUGGUUAUCGGACAACCAGUCCCAGCCUCUGCUCACGUUCCAGACGGACACAGACCGCGCCACAGGGGAGAAGAUCUUAACUUGUGUCUUACUUCCUCAGCUGCCUUCCGAACCAAUCUCCCAAGAGAGCCUCCCUCGCUGUGGUGCCCUGGAAAGCCUGGUGAAUGACGUCUCUGAGGAUGCCUGGAAUGACCGCACCGUACACAGAGUCAGUGCAAUCCGGUUUUUGGAAGACGAAAAGGAUGAAGACGAAAAUGAAACGAGAACACUUCAGAGGCGGGCCACUCCACACCCGGGGGAGUUGAAGAACAUGAAAAAGACGGUGGAGAACUUACGGAACGACAUGAACGCCGCCAAAGGACUGGAUUCCAACAAAAACGAGGUCAACCACGCCGCCGCCGACCGAGUGACCACGUCGGUGUAGCCCUCGCCCGCGUUCGACCUACUGUGUCUUCCCUGCUGUCAAAAGAGAUGUUCCCAUGCGACCACCGAGGAGCCUCCUGCAGCCCGUGUUCACCACCCCGCCGCCCAAGGAAGCUGCUCUCGCACAAAGUGCCUUACGCAUCCCUCAGUCACUCCGCGUGCCAGUAGCCUCCCCACCUGAUUGUUUCUCAAUUUCAGUUGUUCAUAACAAGUAGAAUACACUACUGUCAACAUCCGA